GAUGGGUGUGUGAAAUGUUGGGAGUUGAGCUCUGGUCUGCAGAGAAGCAGCAGACCUCCUCUGGCCUCUCCACCUGCAGGGACCCGCCUCGCCAUCCUGGAUCAUGGGAAGCUGAACAAGAGGAUGUGAACGCGCGACGUGGUCUUCGUUCCAAUCUGGUGUGGGUAUAACUUUUUUUAAAAUUUUUUUAACGAAGACAAGUAGAGGUUUUAUCUUCAUCCAUGGGCUCGGCCUUCUCCAAGUUCUGCAUGCGGUGCUGCUGCUACUGCUGCAUUGACAGCGACAGCGACAACGAUGACGAGAAGCAGCCCUUGAUGCCCCCAGAUCCGCUGGACUAUUUCAGCCGGGAGGUCCAGAAACGUCGCGACGAGGAAACCAACCUGUGGAGCGAGCCGGGGGACCGCAGCCACUCGGAGAGGGAUGACGACCGGGCGCUCUACUCGCUGCUGCAGGCCCGCAACAAGACGCGCAUGGGAUCCUCGGGUUAUCGUCGCCUGAGCGUGGACAUUGAGGCCAUGCGAGACACUCGCAGGGAAGUCCGGGACAAGUGGAAGACCGUCCUGGAGAACCUCGGCUUCAUGGCGGAGGCCGACUCUCUGCUGACUGUGUCCGCCGGCGCCUCGCUGGACCGCAUGCGCAACGCGGCGGCGGCGCGCAAUCUGCUGCAGACGCUCCACUCCGAGACAUCCAUCUUCAAUAGCAGGGAAUCUCCACCGGAGAGAUACCUCUUCAUCCUGGUGAGAAGCACACGCGUACGUCUGGCUGCUUCCGCGAGUGAAAUAAGCACUUUUUCGGAACCCGACUGUUGGGGUGCCAAGCUCACAGGAUCGCCUGCUGUAUCUCGACAUCGCAGACGACUUCCUGGCGAAGGCCAAGCGCUUCUACCCACCGCGGGACACGUCAGACGACGACACGCCGGGCGGCGCCAUUAACCUGCCACUGCUGCUGGCCCGCGUGGAGGCCAUGAACGGGGCGGCGGACGACGACGAGGGCGACAGCGGCGACGAAGAUGAAAGGCAGAGAGGCCGACCGUGAGGGUGCAAUACUAGAGACACGAGGCAGGGGGCGAUAGACAUCAACCCGGAAGGGACUGGAAGGACAGAAAAGACAGGUCUCUUUUUUUUUUUUUUUGCUAUGUCUCUCAAAGUGCAUGACUUGUUUGAUUUUGGAUGUUCUUAGCUUGCAUUGUUCUGUCUGUGGAGAACCUUCAGGGUUCUGACGUCCCAUGAUGCCUCACACGACUGAUAAAACCCCGAAACAAACAAGUUGCUGACUCGCUCUCAAGUUUGUCUUCAAGCAGGGGAGUGUGUCAACCCUGUGGCUCUGUUCCCCCGUUUGUCGCCCUUCCUGUCUCCAGCAAGUGCUCAUGUGCUGCUUUCUGUGUGUGUCUUCUGGUGUCCUCUUCACCAUGAAAUAGUCAUGUGUUCCAACUCAAAUGUUUGAAAGCCAGAAGCGACAUUCCCUUCAUGUCAGCAAGUUCAAUUAAGCCCAUAAAGACAUUUAUUUGGCAGUUGUGCGCUUGCCUCCGCAGCCUCGCCGGCCCUUGGCUGGUGCUCGCACCACGCUCCACCGGCAUGCCGCAGAUCCCAGGAGUACUGGUGGGGCGCCGUCCAGUGUCAAAUCACCUCAGUGGGAUGACUGUUUCGGCGGCGGCUGCUGCUUCUUGUUGUUAAGCAGAAGAUCUUUCAAUCUUUUCUUUUUGAGUGAGAGGCUGGGUCCUGAUGUCAUGGUCUGCCAAAACAAUAUUCUAAUGCAGGAGUGUCCAAACUGCUUUCACCAUGGGCCACAUAUCAAAUUACAUUAAUAUAUGUUUAAAAAAUGUGAGAGUGAAGCUGUGCGAUUUGAACGUCGACGUGAGGGAUGACUGUCUAUUGCUAAACAGUUAAAUCGCUUAUAAAAACAGUUCAAAUCUUGUCAUCUUUUGGUAUUUUUAGUGUGGCCCUUGUAAUAUUCUGAUGCAGGCCAUGUAUAAUUUUAUUUUUGGAACAAGCCGCGGGCCAUUAAAAAAAAAAAAAAAAAAAACAAUCUGGCCACCCCUGCCUUAACCCAAUCAAACCGUUGAAAAUGUCUGGCUUAUUCCUCCUUGGUCUGCUCUUUAUGCCUUUCUAGUGUUUGAACUCCAUUUUCAGGCAACAAUUUGCAUAACUUAAGAAUGUGCUGCAACAGAAUGUUAACUUUCCCAAAGAUGCUUCCUUCUGCAAAACCUCCACUCAAAGACUUGGCCACCCCCACUACUCUGCUUUAUUUACCACCUCCUGACAGGCCUGCCCUCCAUCGUCUGCCUCCCUUCCCAUCUCCGCCGUGGUGACAGCAAAUCCGAAUGUCACCUCCCGACAGCUGUGACAGUGCGGUUAUGCAACAACACGGAGCUCUUCCUGGCAGGACCGGCAAGCCCCCCAGUGCAGGCGGGUGGGCGCAGAGGCGCUCCAGGCUUCAUUGCCACCGCAUGACUCAACACCCGCCCCAAAUCAUCUUAAAGGUGGACGCCACCGCCAGUCACCUCACAGAAGGAAUGAUGGCAGCCUUGCAAGAUGACACGCUGGAUUUGUAUGAUGCCUCUGCGAGGUUGUCAUGGAGUCAUCAUAACACAACUUAACUGAUGACCUUGAGGGCGCCGAGAAAUAUUGGCUAGCAUGCACUGGUGCCUGGUGUUGCUCACAUCUGCUUAUGUGUUAUUUUUUGUAUUGUACAGUUGCCACAGUGUUCCUUUAGUUAUGCACAAUUGCCAUUCACCUGCGCAUACAGCAUUUGACUGGUACUGCAUGAAAACAACAACGGUGGCGUCCUUUAUUGGUUGUGCUCAAAAUGCUUUGUGAAACAAGCUAGCCUACGUGAAAUAAACAAAUGACCAAUGACUUACAGAUAGUUAGCUCCUAAGGCCCGUUGCGCUUGAUGGCGGCCAUGUUCUUCAGCCAGUGUUUGUCAAAUUCCAGACAUUUGUACUUGUCUGUCCCCUGAAGGUGUGUACCAAAUUUGGUGGCGAGUCUUGAAAACAUCUUCAAGCAGGGCAAUGAGCUGCGUGAGAAAUGUCAAGUCAAUCCAAUUUAUGACGGGUCGAACUUUGGAGUGUCAUAGCACCACCAUGUGGCGUAUUUGUCAGAAACAUAAUAGCGCUGACAACACAGUAGGAGCACGUGUUUUGGCAAAAUGUCACCCCUUUGUGUGUGAAGAAAGAGAAGCUUUAACAUUAAUAUAAGAAAAUCAGCUGAUGAUGCUGGCCUGGUCCUGUGUGUGUGUGUGUGUGUGUGUGUGUGUGUGGUAUCAUUACCCGAUGUGGACGAGUGAGUCACUAGCGUAACAUCACACCAGCAGACAUGUUCCAUUCCAAGGCGAGUGCUUCCCAGGCUGUAACCCAAGCGGGGAACGUGGCGCUCUUGUCACCGAGGUGAUGAAUCACUGAAUGCGGCGCUCACGACCGCCAUGAGGCAGCAGCUCGUGACGAGGAUGUCUUGAUGCUGGCAUCGUGCAAAAAAACAGUAAAAGUCAGAUGAACUUUUGUCUCAAAAAGGUCUCCUUCCUGAUUUCUUGUUGUCUAUCUACCUGUCGAAGAAAUAGUUGGAAAUAAAGUUUAAAGUACGUCCAGAAGAUGUCUAGAGCUCAAGUUUAAGUAUCAGGUUGAGUAGCAGGUCUUUCAAAGCUGACCUCCAGGUCAAAGUUCCUCCCAAGACAGGUUUUGGGCACUCAAGUCCUAGUCUUGAAAUUCUUUGAAGGUCUUUGACCAUGGAGUCCAAGUCAAGCAGCAGGUCUUCAAAGCUUGAGUCCAGACAAAGUCUUGAGCCUCUGAAUCUUGGAUCCACGCAGAUCACAGAUCUCAGGUCUCUGAAGAUCAAGUUUAUCUCAAAUCCACAAGUCUUGAGCCCCUCAAUCUCAAGUCCACGUUUAGUAUCAAGUCCUCAAAGCUUGCUGGUUUGUUUCCAGUCUUCAAAGACUGGGUCCAAUUCAAAGUAUUUAGUAAAGCUUUUAAAGUCAUGUCUUUAGUCUUAUUAGCUCAAGUCUAAGUUAAGUCUUGGUUCUGAAUCUCAGGUCCAAGCUAAAGUAUGAAGUCCUUAAAGCUGAGGUCCCUAGUCGAUUAUCGUGUCCUCGAAGCUAAAUCCAAGUUAACUCCUGACCCUCCGUGUCUUGGGUCCAAGUUGAGUAUCAUGUCUGUAGUCGUAGUUGAGCAACAGUUCCCUGAGGAUCACGUUCAAAUCAAGUCAGAUGUCUUUGGAGCUGAAGUCCAAUGUGCUGUGAGAACUUGUGUGUGUGUGUGUGUGUGUGUGUGUGUGUGUGGUGUUUGUGUGUGUGUGUGUGUGUGUGUGUGUGUGGUGUUUGUGUGUUAAAAACUACUACAAAGUUUCCACAUUAGUAGAGGGUCACUCUGUGUACAUCAAGACCAGAUCCUUAUUA